AUGGCGUGGGACCAGCGGCACCCCCUGGGUCCGUUCGGGACGUCGCCUUCCCUGCUGCUGUGUUGCUCCAGGACGGCUCUGGGGCAGCUGAUCGAGGCCACCACCGAACCACCCAAACAGAAACCGGCCCCGGUGACUUCGGAGACAGUCGUGAUCUGGGGCUUGCGGCUCUGGCAAGUGGUGGGAAUCUUCGCCAUCUUCGUCCUCUCCAUUAUUAUUACCCUGUGCUGUAUCUUCAAAUGCCGGAUCCCACGGACCAAGAAGGAGAUCGAGGCACGGUACGCCAAACGGAAAGCCGCCAAAAUGUACGCCGACAAACUAGACACGGUGCCACCCCUCAAUGAGCUCACAGACAUACCAGGAGCGGCUCAAAUCCCAGUAGAGACCAAAGAGGAGGAGGAAGAGGUGCCCACCGUCUCCGGCAAGGUCGAUGGGAAGAAGGAUGGAUCCAAAGGCUCCAAGAAGAAGAAGGAGGGCGAGAAAGGGGCCAAAGAAGCCUCUCUGAAAGAGGGCAAGGAGGGGUCCAAAAAGAAGCCGGGUGACAAACAGACAGAGGGAAAGAAGAAGCCGGAGGAAGAGGACGGCGGCCAGGAGAAGCCCAAAGGGGGUGGGGCAGGUGGCGGGAAAGGAGGUGGACCCCCUGGGAACUCCAAGGCAUCUGCCAAGAAACCUCCACCCAAGAAGUGA